AGCUAUUAGUACCGGUAAUGGUAUAGUCAUUCAUGUGUUAUUGCCAGCUAGUGGUGCUUUAGUUUAAGCCUUUUAUGUGUAAUAACCUGUUACAGUGAUGUCAUAUAGUUUAUAUUGUCAUGCAAUGUGUAACGGCUUUCCUCCUCCUCUUCAUACGAAAAGGAGGAGUGGUGAUUCGACCAAGACGCAGCGUUGUAACUUGACAUUAUAUUUAUUAAACAAAACCAAAACUAACAGGAAGAACACUUGAAUAGAUACAAAACAACAAACGACGUAGACUGACCUGAACGUAAGAACUUACAUGAAACAGGAAGAAUGCACGAACAGGGAAAAAACAGACUACACAAAAACCGAACGAACAAACAAACCGAAAACAGCCCCAUGUGGCUAACAUACAGACACUGACACAGGAGACAACCACCCACAACAAACAGUGUGAAAACACCUACCUUAAUAUGACUCUCAAUCAGAGGAAAUGAAAACCACCUGCCUCUAAUUGAGAGCCAUAUCAGGUCACCCAUUAAACCAACAUAGAAACAGAAAACAUAGACUGCCCACCCAAACUCACGUCCUGACCAACUAACACAUACAAAAACUAAUAGAAAACAGGUCAAGAACGUGACACAAUGUCAUUGUAUAAUAGCUGUAUAUCAUUCCUGAUAUUGAUGGCACUUUUGUUAUCUGCUUCCUCCUAUAGGAAAACCACACACGCACACAUCCACAUCCACACACGCCUUCACACCCAAGUGUGCCUUGUGUCAAGCCGUAGCUCUGUACAUGCUGUGCUGCCUUCAUACGGUGCUGUUAUAUACUGUCUAUCUUCAAGUAAACUGCAAGUCAACUAUUCACUGUGUCUUCCCAUCAGUGCAUCCUGACCGAGGCCCGGAUGCAAGCACACCCAUUCCAAACCAGCAACCUAAGAAUAAUACACCUUUAUCCCUCCACUACAUUGUGGUCCGUUCAAGCCGGGUAAAAGUGUUUACUCCCAGAUCAAGAUGCAGCGAGUUACCGGUGAAGCCUGGACCUGGUCUGAUCAUCCACGGCGCCACGCCUAACCUUGUCCUAGUUGUAGUAGCACAGCACAGUAUGCACAGUAUGCACAGUAUGCACAGUAUGCACAAUAUUCACAUGGGAAAGAAGACGACCUUCAGCCUCUUAUUGAGGGAGCUGCCAAGACAACACUCCUCACUCCACCCAGUCCCUUCCUCUCCAACCAGGCCAGAUGGGACACAACUCCAGAUGAGUGGGAGACCUUCAGAGAGUAGAGGUCUGUCCCAGACUCCCAUCUGAGCCACGAGGACAGAAGUAUAGUCUCACUCAGCUACGUGAGCAACAAGAAGAGAGCUCAUACCCCAGUCCAUAGCUACACUCUCUCUCACUCAGCCAGCCUCUACAGAGCACUCAUCCUGAGGCAUCUCUGCAGCAGAGAGAGUUCUGCCGACCACCACGGCCCGCAUCAGAUCCUGCUGAGCAUGCGUAGCCAUCACCCAAUGAAGAUGAUAAGGCUUGUGAUGGACAGUAUGACAACUGUGAGUUGACUGACCCUCCACCGUGGCCUCCAGCAUGUGAUGAGUCACUACUGCCGCGUCAUCAGAGUGACACUCCAAGCCUACAGUGCAGCUACCAAGAGCCUCCUCCAGCAGCAGCUGAGUUCUCUCAGUCCCGGCACUCACCACACCUGUCUGAAAGCUAUUCCUCCACUAGUGGUCCAGCUAAGAGAUAUACUGUACUUACCUAAAAGCUCCCAGACACUUCCAGUGUGGAGAACCAGCCCGCUGACGGUGCCAGGGUGUAUCUACCUGUCCCUGCCACUGGUUCUCAUGUUGCCCUCAGCAUGGCUAUCCAUCCUGUUCCUGACAAGGUGUUCCAGUCUGCCCCCGCUGGGGACUCGUCAGCCAACAGUAGCCUGCAGCCAGCCGCUGUUCCAGAGUUGCCACCCUCUCCAGCUACAGAGCAUCAGUCAGCAGUCAGCCAUCGUGGAGCUCCAGACCACCUACCCGGAGCCCAGACCAGCUACCACAGAUGGGUCCCAGCCUGCCCCUUCCCCCAGGGUUCCUGCUGAUUACUACAACGCUAACCCGUUCUUCCCUCAGGUUCCAGUCUGCCACAGAGUAUGGGGCUGAGCCUACCCCUGUUAGGUCAGACUCAGCGCCUUCCACUCAGGAGGGGCAGCAUUCUCUACCUACCCUGGCAGCCCAGCUAGACCUGAGCCUGAAGGUACAAGCUGGCCCUGUCUUCAGGUCACCACCUCCUGCAACAGAGAGCCAUCGUGUUGUAGCCACAGGGCCACAGACCGCCGUUGAUGCAGAUCAUCAGCCAGCACCUCCUUCUCUGCCACCAGCCACAGCCCAGGGAUCCUUAGCCCCUGUCUCAGUGUCUCUUCCACCAGCUGUAGCCCAGGGGCCACUACCUGGCUCUAAGCUAAGAGUCAUCCCUAUUCCAGUUAGGGGGGCUUCAGAAGCCAACAACAAGCCCCCACCUGCUCCUGAUGAGGAGCCCAGCUCAUCUCCAGCCACGGUCCCUCCAAAGUUGCUAGGACUACAGUACUACAGUAAGUCUUACAGGUCCUCUUACAGAUUGUAUAUCACCAUAGUAUGUUAUACCGAGUGACCAACUGAAAGGGAACGUACAGUUCUGAAUAUAACUACUGUUCCCUAAAGGAGGGAAUGAGGUAUAACAUAUUUUGACCCCGUGCCGUCAGGGGGUUUGGGCUUGCUGAAGAGCGGUACUGAAUUGAGGAAAUAAAUGCGAGCGUCUGUAUUAUAGCCAGGAAGGUGGGGCUUCCGAGGGCAGUCUCGGCAUCAAUUGGCCCAUUGAAAGGGAUUUCAGUUUUCUUCAUGUGAAUAUGAUUGGUCGUUGACUCCCCAUAGUAUUUUUUGCCUCAUUCCCUCCUUCGGGGAACAGUAGUUAUAUUCAUAACUGUACAUUCCCUCUCCUAAUAUGUUAAUUCCUCAGGUUUGCUCCUCUUCGUACUAGGUAAGUACUACAUAAACAGUACAGUUUACCUCAGCAGUGGAAAAAGCCUAAUGCCAACCAGAUAAAGAAUGUGACGAGACACAUACAUUUAAGAAUAGUCAUUACCAAACUAAUGGAAACGGAUGUCUCUCUCAGUAUUUCACGCAGGAGAACAUGUAUGUGCUGUAUUUGAAUUUAGAAAGGAAAAGAACAGUACACACACACAGUCUGCUCUAUUCUGGAACUGAAUGUCUGAAUUUAGUCCUCCAUUGGCAUUCAUCCCAUAAACAGGCGCUGUCAGAAUGGGCCAGCUUGAAUGGGCCAGCUUGAAUGGGCCAGCUUGAAUGGGCCAGCUUGAAUGGGCCAGCUUAAAUGGGCCAGCUAGAGGAGACUGCGAAAUGAACUCCUCUCGAGAAAUACUCUUAUUCCAGCCAUUUGUUGUUGGAAAGAGAUGCAUAUUAGAUUAUUACAGUAUGGGGAUGGGAUAUAAUCUUGUCCUGCAUUGCUUCUAGACAUCUGUAUAUAUGUGCACAGGCUCACAGGAAAGAGAUACAUCUACAUACAGCUGAAGUCGGGUGUUGACAUACACUUAGGUUGGAGUCAUUAAAACUCAUUUUUCAACCACUCCACAAAUUUCUUGUUAACAAACUAUAGGUUUGGCAAGUCGGUUAGGACAUCUACUUGGUGCAUGACUCAAGUAAUUUUUCCAACAAUUGUUUACAGACAGAUUACUUCACUUAUAACUCACUGUAUCACAAUUCCAGUGGGUCAGAAGUUUACAUGCACUAAGUUGACUGUACCUUUAAAAAAAACGUUGUCAUGGCUUCAGAAGCUUAUGAUAGGCUAAUUGACAUCAUUUUAAUCAUUUGGAGCUGUACCUGUGGAUGUAUUUCAAGGCCUACCUUCAAACUCAGUGCCUCUUUGCUUGACAUCACGGGAAAAUCAAACGAAAUCAGCCAAGACCUCAGAAAAAAAAUUGUAGACCUCCACAAGUCUGGUUCAUCCUUGGGAGCAAUUUCCAAACACCUGAAGGUACCACGUUCAUCUGUACAAACAAUAAUACGCAAGUAUAAACAGCAUGGGACCACGCAGCCGUCAUAUCCCUCAGGAAGGAGACGCGUUCUGUCUCCUAGAGAUGAACGUACUUUGGUGCGAAAAGUGCAAAACAAUCCCAGAACAACAGCAAAGGACCUUGUGAAGAUGCUGGAGGAAACAGGUACUAAAGUAUCUACAUCCACAGUAAAAUGAGGCCUAUAUCGACAUAACCUGAAUGGCCGCUCAGCAAGGAACAAGCCACUGCUCCAAAACCGCCAUAAAAAGCCAGACUACGGUUUGUAACUGCACAUGGGGACAAAGAUCGUACUUUUUGGAGAAAUGUCCUCUGGUCUGAUGAAACAAAAAUAGAAGUGUUUGGCCAUAAUGACCAUCGUUAUGUUUGGAGGAAAAAGGGGGAGACUUGCAAGCCGAAGAACACCAUCCCAACCGUGAAGCACGGGGGUGGCAACAUCAUGUUGUGGGGGUGCUUUGCUGCAGGAGGGACUGGUGCACUUCACAAAAUAGAUGGCAUUAUGAGGACGGAAAAUUAUGUGGAUGUAUUGAAGCAACAUCUCAAGACGUCAGUCAGGAAGUUAAAGCUUGGUCGCAAAUGGGUCUUCCAAAUGGACAAUGACCCCAAGCAUACGCCCAAAGUUGUGGCAAAAUGGCUUAAUUACAACAAAGUCAAGUUAUUGGAGUGGCCAUCACAAAGCCCUGACCUCAAGCCUAUAGAAAAUUUAUGGGCAGAACUAAAAAAGUGUGUGCGAGCAAGGAGGCCUACAAACCUGACUCAGUUACACCAGCUCUGUCAGGAGGAAUGGGCCAUGGGAAGCUUGUGGAAGGCUACCCGAAAUGUUUGAUCAAAGUUAAACAAUUUAAAGGCAAUGCUACCAAAUACUAAUUGAAUGUAUGUAAACUUCUGACCCACUGGGAAUGUGAUGAAAGAAAUAAAAGCUGAAAUAAAUAAUUCUCUCUACUAUUAUUAUGACAUUUCACAUUCUUCAAAUAAAGUGGUGAUCCUAACUGACCUAAGACAAUGAAUUUUUACUCUGAUUAAAUGUCAGGAAAAACUGAGUUUAAAUAUAUUUGGCUAAGGUGUAUGUCAACUCCCGACUUCAACUGUACAUGUUUCUAGUCUGAUUGAAAUUAUAUUAGUAAUAACAGUAGCAGCAGACAGGGGUUUCAGACAAGUGACAGAACAUGUAUUUACAGCAUGUUGGAGCUCUGCUAUGUUGCUAUGUUCUUCAAAGGCAGUUCAGGCUCUCUAGAUUCCCUUGACUUAUUCCCCUGACUAAGAUGCCUGUGGUGGGUUGAUAGAUAGGCAGAGAGAGAUAGUCACUGCAGGCAUGUGUUGAGGAGCAUGAUGAAAGUGAACAUGUUUCCUCCUGAGAGAGCGAGAGAGAGAGAGAGAAAGAGAGAGAGCAGUGUUUCAGGCCACUGUCUCAAGACUCUGUCUAUGUCCAGGACCACUGGGUGUGGCCUCAGUGGAAACUCCCAGCAGCAGCCAUCAUGGUUCUCCUGCUCAUGUCUGUGACUGUGCUGCAUCUGCUCACUCUGGCCAUGCUGUUCAUCGCUACCAUGGAGAAGUCCUGGUGGGUCUGGACCGAUGCUGAGAUCACAGAUCUCUGGUAUAACUGCGUUCAUGACAACGUAACGGGAAACUGGCUGUGUGCUGCCUCUAAUGAAAAUGACUGGUUGCAGGUUGUCCAAGCCCUGAUGGUCCUCUCUGUGGUCUCCUCCUCUAUCUCCUUCCUGGUCUUCCUGGGUCAGCUCUUCACCAUGUCUAAAGUCGGGCUCUUCUAUUUCACAGGCCUUUGUCAGGUCUUCGCAGGUUUCACAUCAUUUGCUGCCUCGCUCAUCUUCACGUUCCACCGUAAGGAGAUCCUGGAGGACUCUAGAGACCUGAGCAUGGGUCACUUUGGCUACUGCUUCAUCCUGGCAUGGUCCUGUGUACCCCUCCUGCUCUUCAGUGGAGUUCUAUAUGUCCACCUGCGCAAGAGGCAGUGAGCCAAGACAGACGUGAGGGCGAUAAGCAGCAUCAUUCAGUAUUACUUGGUACUGUUAUCCUGUUAUCACUCGACUGUGGUGAACAACAACAGAGACACAAUGUGCGAUGAAAGAGAGUUACAUACACUACAUGACCAAAAGUAUAUGGACACCUGCUCAUUGAACAUCUCAUUCCAAAAUCGUGGGCAUUAAUAUGGAGUUGGUCCCCCCUUUGCUGCUAUAACAGCCUCCACUCUUCUGGGAAGGCUUUCCACUAGAUGUUGGAACAUUGGUGUGGGGACUUGCUUCCAUUCAGCGACAAGAGCAUUAGUGAGGUCGUGCACUGAUGUUGGGCGAUUAUGCCUGGCUCACAGUCAGCGCUCCAAUUCAUCGCAAAGGAGUUUGAUGGGGUUGAGGUCAGGGCUCUGUGCAGGCCAGUCAAGUUCUUCCACACCGAUCUCGACAAACCAUUUCUGUAUGGACCUCGCUUUGUGCACGGGGGCAUUGUCAUGCUGAAACAGGAAAGAGCCUUCCCCAAACUGUAGCCACAAAGUUGGAAGAACAGAAUCGUUUAGAAAGUUAUUGUAUGCUGUUGUGUUAAGAUUUCCCUUCACUGGAUCUAAGGGGCCCGAACCAUGAAAAACAGCCCCAGACCAUUAUUCCCCCUCCACCAAACUUUACAGUUGGCACUAUGUAUUCGGACAGGUAGUGUUCUCCUGGCAUACACCAAACCCAGAUUAGUCCGUCUGACUGCCAAAUGGUGAAGAGUGAUUCAUCACUCCAGAGAAGGCGUUUCCACUGCUCCAGAGUCCAAUGGUGGAAAGCUUCACACCACUCCAGCCGACGCUUGGCAUUGCGCAUGAUGAUUUUAGGCUUGUGUGCGACUGCUCCUCCAGGGAAACCCAUUUCAUGAAGCUCCAGACUAACAGUUAUUGUGCUGACAUUGCUUCCAGAAGCAGUUUGGAACUCAGUAGUGAGUGUUGCAACUGAGGAUAGACAAUUUUGAUGCGCUGCAACCCUCAGCACUCGGUGGUCCCGUUCUGUCAGCUGGUGUGGCCUACCACUUUGCGGCUGAGCCAAUGUUGCUCCUAGACGUUCCACUUCACAAUAACAGCACUUACAGUUGACUAAAGUAGUGCACUAUAUUGAGGUUAGGAUAUGAUUUGGGAUGCAUCCUAGGUCAGUGUUUACCUGAUCACUCAUCAUUUACAUAGCAGUGCAGUGCAGAAAUUUGACACAUUGACUUGUUGGAAAGUUAGCAUCUUGUGACCGUGCCGCAAGUGCUGUCAUUAAGACCAUUCUUCUGCCAAUGUUUGUCUAUGGAGAUUGCAUGGCUGUGUGCUACAUUUUAUACACCUGUCAGCAACGGGUGUGGCUGAAAUAGCCAUAUCCACUCAUUUGAAAGGGUGUCCACAUACUUUUGUAUAUAUAGUGUAUGUAUUGUGUGCAUACUAUUACUGUAUCUGUGAAACACACUUUUUUUCAUUUAAUCUAUCAAUUGUGUCACUUCAUUUUAUCGAACGUUUUUUGACCGUAGGCAAUAUUGCUGCAGCUUGGUUUAAUUCUGUCGUUUCUGUGAUGAAGUAUUUGACUGCAUAAAA